ACCCCUCUACGCUGGAUAUCCUGAAAACGGCUGAACUAGCUAGAUUCUUCGUUAUCAAGUCGUACUCGGAGGAUGACAUUCAUCGUAGCAUCAAGUACGAGAUCUGGUGUUCGACGGAGCACGGCAACCAACGCUUGGAUCAAGCGUUCCGUGAGCGCGAGGAGAAAGGUGGAAUGGUUUAUCUGUUCUUCUCGGUGAAUGGAUCCGGUCACUUUUGCGGCGUAGCCCAGAUGAUGACUGCCGUCGAUUACAACUCCAAUUCAAGUGUAUGGUCACAGGACAAGUGGAAGGGCACGUUCAAGGUGCGGUGGAUCUACGUGAAGGAUGUGCCGAAUGUAAAUUUACGCCACAUUCGCUUGGAAAACAAUGAGAACAAAUCGAUGACGAACUCGCGUGACACCCAGGAAGUGCCGAAUGCGAAGGGCAUACAGGCGCUCCAGGUCAUUCACAGCUUCCUACACCAAUCGUCGAUUUUCGAUGACUUUCAGCAUUACGAAAAGCGUCAGCUUGAGGAGGACACGCGCAAGCACGAGGCCCCCCCGCCAUCGAAUCAUUCUUACCACAAUAGGCGCGAAAACCAAGGCCAUCAGUACAACGAUGGUCCAGGAAAGUACCACCAUGGAGGUGGAGGUGGUGGUGGAUACAACAAAUACAACGACCGUGGAGGAGACGAUUACGAUGGAUAUAGUGGUGGGGGUAGUCGAGGUGGUAGCGGUGGUGGUUACCACGGUGGCGGUGCUGGAGGCUAUAGCAAGGGUGGUGGCGGCGGCUAUGGAGGUUACAACAAUCGAAACAACUACAACAACCACCACGACAACAAUGGGCGUAACUAUCAGAGUUACGAUCGCAGGAACAACAAUGGUAGUAACAAUGGAGGCAACAAUAACGGAGAGGAUCAACACGAUAACGGCGGAAACAAUGGUGGUGGUGGAUAUCACUCGCGCAGUGGCUACAAUAAUCGUCCUCGCGAUUUCUAUCGCGACGAUCGUCGAGGACCGAACGAUUAUGGACGAUCGAGAGGUGGCAAUGAUUAUGACGGUGGUCGCGAUAGUGGCGAUGGCGGUAUUUAUAGGAGCGGCGGUGGCGGUGGUGAUCGUGAUCGCGGUUCUUCGAGGGACUAUUACAGGGACCGAAACGUGCGCGGCUCGACAGGCCCUAGCAGUCUACGAGGCAACGGUAACGGUACCGGUUCCGUGAGCAACAGCAGUAACGUUGGUGCAUCCAAUGUUUAUCGCAACCCGAACUAAGUAGCAGUGAACCAGAUGCCCCAUGAAAUACAAAUGCGAUAUCAACGAGCAACAUUUUCUGACAAUUCUCUUGGUGCACGCAUCCUAAUUAGUCGGAUUGGGUUCCGGCAAGGAAGAGAAAAGCUAGAAGCCACUUCGCUUUUGGGCCCACUACGUGACAAACUUUAUUGCAAAACUGAGAAAAAAUCGUGCGCAAUCGUAGCCGAACGAAAAAAAAGAUUUAUCGUUCAUAAGCAUCUAGCACAGCGCAACCGACCAGAAACGAGACUCUGCGCGCUAGCACUUUGUGCAAAGCGACUAACUCCAAAUCAUCAUGAAAUUGACGAAACACGUGCUACUAGCUGCUUUUACUAAUAUUACUACAACUACUACAACAACUACUAGUAAACCACUAUUGUCAGUCGGGAUCUGUAUAAUCAAAACAUUGCACUAGACAUAACAGUAGAGAAGAGACUGCCGUGCAGUGUCCGGCUGAAAAACAGUUGAUCGAAUUGUGGGAAAGAAACGGGGGUUCCAUUACAAAUGUGCUGCCAAUUACGAACAACGCAACGCUUGAUUUGUUUGACUAUUGUUUUACUCUCACACAGCUGCCUAUUUAUCAUCUUGUGUUGUCAAUGCUUUGGAUCAAACAGCGAAUGUUUAAAACAAAAAUAGAACGGAAAUCCGAAUCAAUUUGUAAACGUGUUGUCUGUACAGAAUCGAAGAAAAGAAUAAACGUCGAUGUACGUGUAAAAGGUACGCCUUGAGAUGGGCGGAUCCAGAUGAAAACGCAAAGAAGAGAAUCUAUAAAACAUGGAAGUAAAAAUAAGUGCAAACCAACAAAAAAAAAUCUAUAUAUAUAUAUUAAACUAUAUAACAGACAAAUGUAACUACUAACGUUCGCAAAAUGACUAUACAAAUGGAUUCCCCGAAAUGGUAGAAAUGAAGCAUGCUACUAUAUAAAUUAUAUAUCAGACGUAACUUGUUAAGUUAUAAGUUAAAUUAUAUUAUUUGGAAAGAAGAGUGGCUUAAUAGAGGCACUGACGAAGCAUUCUAUCACAUCCCCAUGCAAAACGGAUGCUAUAGACGCAAGAUCGAGGACGAUUCUAACCGUUAUUCCGAGGUACGGGCCUCACAGAUGCACCUUAUCCUCCGAAAGAAUAAAGUAAUGUCGUAACACACCAGAACGUGCAUAUUCCGGUGUUGGAAGUUCCAGAUGAAUGCAUGGCAUGCCCAAAAUGAUCAUAGGCAGCUACAACAUCUUACCUUGCCUGUGGCGAGAUAGCAUUCGCCUUCGCAACGUAAACAGAAGUAACACUGUGCAGUUUCAUGGUUUCGUAGUUGUGCUUUACUUGGGAACAUAAUCGAAGCAAUCGCAGAACGGCGAACCGGAAGUAGAUUGCUUCGAUCCUUAACGCUAUCCUAUGCAAGAUUAAGGCUAACAGGUUGAACUGACCGUCACCAGCCAAGGGAUAUGAUAGGAGACUGGAUUAGCGAAUAUUGCGUUGAUUCUCGCCAUCGAGUUUCUGCGGUAACAUGUGAAUUCCUUAUUUAUUACUAUUAUCCCGCAGUGACACGCAUAUUAGUCUUUAUUUCCAACAUUUCUGUUUGCAACUUUUUUUUGUAACGAAAAGUAAUAGAUAAUGUGGUAGUAACGGCGAAUCACAAAAGAGAGCAAUGUCAUCUGGCGAGACUGAUUAAUCUCAGCUCUUCACGUCGCAUGGUCUCCGCGCAAAGGGGUACCAUGCUAGAUUGUGUCAAACCAUGCAAAUGUGGGUAAUGUUAAAAAUAUCGCUGGGAUGAAGUUUGAUGCAAAGUUUAUAUGAAAGCAAAAGCGAAACUCAGCAGAACAGCCAGCCACGGGGGAAGGCAACCGACUGCUAUCGAUGACACGAAGAGACUUGCACAAUACAGACGGUUUUCUUCAUACAUUUCUUUCGAUUGAAACCGAUAAACCACGCGUGCUCUGGGUGUGUAGUAGAAUGAACUGCCAGAGUUAUUAGCAAAAUUUUUAAACCAAAUCGAAAUAAGGGGAAAAAAGAGAAAUACUAGGUCUCGGCAGCGAGACAAAACACAGUAGUCGACGAGUGUGUGUUUGUGUGUGGUGUGUAGCACUGGAUCGUGGGAACGUCGAGACGGCACAUACGCCCUAGAUCAAUCUCUUUUACGUGUUACAUUUAAAUGAAAAAGCGAUGAAAAUGAUAAAAUAAAUGGUACACAUCGCACAGAUUUGUGAGAUUUGCUGAAACAAAAUAAGAAACAAAAACCUAAACCAGAACUGCAAACCCCCUGACAGAGAAACAGUCGUUGCUUUUCUAAUGGAUCGCUCGGCGCACUGUAUGACUUAAGGAAAAGCAAUUAGAGCGUUAUAUUAUCCACGACUAUGAGAAAGUAAUCCAAUGUAAACGAUAAAACAAUGUCGAUUUCUGAUUUCAAUUCGCGAAUACCCUUCCAUCUCAUACCUAACAACUAGAUAAAAGCGACUAGGAGCCAGCAAACACGAGCAAACAAAAAAUAGGAUACAGGACAUCGCGUGGCAGGUCGGAUGGUCUUGCAGGCGACGAGAGAGAUCAGCAUGAUGCCUCUAUACACUCGAUUUAUUAGCGAACAUGUCGUAUACCGGAACCGAAAAAACCGUUAUAUGUGGUGGUUAUCAAAAAACGAAUUACAGUCGACUGUUUGUGGUCCAGGGGUGUGUAGCAUCCAUGAUUUGUAUUUGCUAGAGUGAGUGAGCAUGUAAUAGCAAAGAUUGGGAAUCCAAUGAAUCCCAGAUGCACAAUUUCAGCAGCGAUAUCUUUGUUCACUGAGGCUGAGUGGAAGUGAAGAGAGUUCUAUAUAGAACGAAGUGAUCGAUGGUUAAAGAGGGAAACCUAAACUUGAAAAGUGGUCUAAAUAAAACAAAACGUAAUAAAGUGCUUACAAGAUCACCCUUAGAAACUUGGUUUGGAACUACAGAAGCAACAACUGAUGGAGAAAACGAUGCCUGUCCAGGCAGAUAGAAAAGCAAAGUAAAUACUGUCGCCAGGUGUAUAUACGAAGAGAGAGAGAGAGAAAGAGAAGGGCAAUUCAUUAUGCAAACACAUACAUACCUACCUACACACACGUACACUAUAUAUAGACUAUAUAUAUAUAUAGAUAUAUAUAGUGGUAGACGAUGCAAAGGUGUACUCUGUUCAUAUGGGAAUAAGUGGAAAAGUUUCUUAAAUUAGGUGUCUUCGAUGGCUGCUGUGAAGGAGCGGCAAACAUAAAACAGCUGUUGUGACAAAGGUCGCAAGAUAUAGGAUACAGAAGCAAAACAAAAAGUAUCUAACAAAAAAAUGGGAAAAACAGACGAGAUUAAAUAAUUAAAUGAUGCACUGAUCCCGUACCAACAGGUAACAACAACAAAACAUCGUAAUAAAUCGUAUUAAUAAUAAAACCCCAAACUACAUCUAUUUCAUUGAAUACCGUUUUGGUGGAUCGGAUAUUUUUAGGAAAGAAACGCAAUCACACAUGGAUGGA